AUGGCCGCGCUCGACGACCCCGAUCCCGACUACCGGUCUCUGAGCAGGCCGCCUCCAACGGAUCCCGAUAUCCAGGCUACGCUUUCCGACUUCCUCACCUACACGGAGCACUUUCCCUCACACUUGAUUCGUGCCACCUCACUCAUCCAUGAGCAGCGUACCAAGGCUGAGCGCAUGGUUAAGAAGGUGCAUGAUGAUACCACCGCAUACAGCUUGCUACCCACUAUCAAGCAUGAUGCUCCGGACCCGGUCAAGCUCCGUCGCGACAUCAGCCGCGCGCUGGAAGAGGCGGAAGCUGCAAGUCGCAUGUCACUAGCGGAAGCCGUGCGACUGGAUGAAGAGUGCAAGCGCGAGGCGAGACGCUUGGAUAUUGUCACACAAAAACUCAAGGCGCAACCUAAGCCACCCUCUCGAGAUCCCACGCCGGAGCAGCAGGCGCUGACCUCUCCCAAUCUGAAGCGCGAUCGCGGGAUGAGCGCGCGAGGAGAUGAUGGUCGACCAGAAAACCAGCUGAAGCGCUUGCAUGACAAGGCUGCUAGCAAGAUCCGCGGUCGAAAGGUCAUGGUGCCGGGAGAGGUUAUCCCACCGCCGGACCCCAAUGCGCCGCUCGAGACCAUGUCCGACUGGACGUCCGCUCGCACCUCUCCAGCACUGCUCGAAGUUCCUGGUGGUGGAGACAAACGAGGGAUAGGGACUACUCCCCGACAGCGGUCCCGGACACCCAAAGCGAUGAAACAACCUGGUGCACACGACGAAAAGAAUACGAAGCCGCGAGUGCCCCGAGCGCCUGGCCACCAAGGAACUAACGCACACUCUGCAGUCGCAGGAAUCAGCACGUCCAAUGCCCUACUUGCGCUUCAUGAGCCACCAGCCGACGCUACAAAUGGAAGCAAGUGGUUGCCAUGGAUGAAGCUGACUGAAUGGGAAAUGGCCAAGCUACGGAAGCGUAUGAAGAAGAAUGCCAUAUGGGUGCCUUCGCAGACGAUGGUCCGACGAGAGCUGAAAAAUCUUGGGCGCGGUAUGGCCGGCAAGGAGGCUGCGAGAGCGCGAGCAGAAGCGGCAGGAGAGCGGUUCGUCGAUGAACCCAACGAAGCGGACCCCACUAAGGUUAUCAUUAGCGGCGAGGACACAGAUCAGAUGAACGCCAUGCUCGGCCCACAGGUCUAUGCCGAAGAUGAUGACGAAGAUGCCGAGCUUAUCAAUCGAGGCAUGCGUCUGAACGAGGCCAAAAAGCUGAAGCGGUUGCGCAUGAAGGAGGAAGCAGCUAUUCAAGACCAGAUAGCGCGUGAGCAAGGACUUGAGGUACCUGCGGACGGGGGUAAACUCUCUACAGCCUCCCCUGAGCACAAGAAGCGGAAGCGCGAGGCCACGCCAGCUGCUGGUCCCUCGACGCACGAAACUGAUGCUUACAGACCAGCGCCGACAGUGAAGAAGCUCAAGAUUACAGCACCCUCUCAGCCAGCGCCGCAAAAGGUACCUCUUGCACCCGCAGGCGUAUCGGCCUCCCCUAAAGCUGCCACCACCCGAAACAGUCGGCGGGCUGCCACCCCGCCCGCUACCAAACGACCAACCAUCACUCUCAAGGUCAGCAAGGCUGUCUCCGAGGAGCCUCCUGGGAGACGGGCCAGCCUGCGCCGCAAUAGCAACGCGAGCCUGCCAAGCACCAGCAUGUCAUCGACCAAUGCGCCAACUUCGCCAGACAUCUCCACUGCAACCACCAAGAGCGGCCGUCGCAGCCGCCGUCCCGUUCCUGGAGUCAUCACUAGCAAGGACGACGAGAGCGCCAAAGUCGGUGUCUCGAGGCGUAAGGCUGCUCCCAACCGCAAACGCACUGGCGGCGGGAGGAAAGAUCCACUCACGCCAAAUGAUGCGCAAACUGCCGUGGAGGCUCCUGAGGAGUACAUCGAUCCUGAUGAGCCGCGCUAUUGUAUCUGCGGAGAUGUGAGUUGGGGAACCAUGGUUGGAUGUGAUGCGGAUGACUGCAAGCAGGAGUGGUUCCAUCUGGAGUGUGUCGACUURAAGGAGGAGCCUAAACGCUUGACCAAAUGGUAUUGUCCAGACUGUCGGAAGAAGUUGAAGCUGGGAAUCAACACAAAUGGACUGGUGGGAAGGAAUGUAUGA